AAAAAAGUAUGACGACCCCCGCCCUCCAGACACUCCGAGCGCAAUAUAGUUCAACCUUGAAACGCUUCAUCGCGUCGAGCAAGAACUUUGAAAUCCUCACCUCUAUUCCCGCCGGUCAAUCUCACCCACCGGCUCACAUUCCAGAUGUCCUAUACGUGUUGGAUUCAUCCUUCAAUCCGCCCACUCUUGCACAUCGCAGGAUAGCUAGUACCGCCCUUUUCGAGAGUGCGAGCAAAGCGCCGCGGCUUCUACUAUUACUUGCGACCCAGAAUGCGGAUAAACCUUCCAAACCAGCCUUGUUCGAGGAUCGUCUUGUUAUGAUGGAACUAUUCGCGAGAGACCUCUUGGCAUAUAUACAGCCACAUUUCUCGGCUUCAGAGGAUGAGAGUCUUCCAGUAAUCGAUAUCGGUCUCACCAAGAAACCGUAUUUCGUGGAUAAAGCCGCGGAAAUUGAUACUGCGGGGAUUUAUCCGGAAUCGCUUGAGCAAGUUCAUCUCACUGGCUAUGAUACGUUGAUUCGGAUCUUCAACCCCAAGUAUUAUCCGCCAGAACAUACCCUCCAGCCCUUAGGGCCUUUUCUUACACGCCAUCGGUUGAGGGUCACCAUGCGACCGGGUAGCGAGUGGGGCGAUGCGGAAGAGCAGAAGCAAUUCCUACUCAACAUGGCCCAGGGCGGCAUGGAAAAGGACGGCGGCAAAACUGAAUGGGCUCAGCGGAUUCAGCUCGUGGAAGGGAGACGGCCGGAUGAGAGACCAGUGAGCUCUACAUUGGCCCGAGAGGCAAUCCGGUCGAAUCCCCAAGAUCUGGAAGGGCUGGUCCCCGACAACGUCCGGGAGUUCAUCCUGUCCCAACAACCAUACUCGGAGUAAACGAUAUCACAACCUUAAUGAGAUCUUUGUUGCGUGGUAGAGUAAAUGAGAUGCGCCGAUGAGCGCCACCCGUCGACGAUCUAUAUAAUACAUGACGCCCUCGUUUAGGAGUACGUAUAUUCGCCCAAGACGACUAAUAACUUUUCCAUCAUAAGAUUCAACCAAAACACCAUACCGCCACGACGCCCGCACUACGUUUUAAUAGAGUCAUAGUAGCAUAAAAACCACGCAUUAUCGUACAGCCCAGAGACCACGGCGCAAAGGUCGACUUUUAAUCGUCGUCCUCUUCUUCCCUUUUCCCCAAAGUAUACGCAAGUCCGCCACCAACCAUGUUGGCCAAGCAGAGACCCAUGGUCACACCGCGGACGAUGCCCCGGGCACCCCAUUUCUUCAUGAAGGGCUGGCGUCGCCGACCGGCAAGCAAAAGGUAAAGUCCCGACCAGGCAGCGCUAAUUCCUGCGCUAUCGGUCUUGAAACCUUGAAGAUUGGCAUAGCUUGUGAACAAAAGGACGGGUGGGAAGAGCAUCGGAAGUGCUUGGAAGGGCCGCAUGUACUGUGCGGUAAUGAAGGUUGCGAGGAGCGUCGGGGUGAAAGGAUUUUCUGUAGAAUUAUGACGUUAAUUAUGGGAUCUGCAAAAAAACGGAUAAAACGGCGAAAAAAAAAAAAAAA